AUGCCCCCUGCUAAUCGCGAAGAAGGCGUGGACGGGUGGACGUCGGCGCGGGUCGAGGUGCUGACGGCCCGCCCGAUGCACAGCUUCCGCUGCCUUCAAAAAGGACAUACGGCCUCGCAGUGCAGCGAGACGACAAGCCGUGACUUGGGAAGGCCGGACAAGCACCGACUGGGGGCGGCGGAGUGCGCGCCCCCACCGAGAAGAAGGAGAACUGCGAAACCUGUAAAAGAAAAAGGGGCAGCAGAACCUGUAAGAAGAAGAGAGAAGUCAGCUGAACCUGAAAAAGAAAAGGGGGCAGAACCUGAAAUAGAAAAGGGGGCGCGGCAACCUGAAAAUGAAAGGGGGAGGGUGCAAGAAGACGUUGGGGAAGCUGAAGCUAGUCAGCAGGCCAUUCAGGCAGACGGAUGCGCCAUGGAGGUGGCCGACGAGGGGGCAAGACAGCAGGAGAGGCAGAUGGAGCCUCCACGCGUGAGGAAGCCAUCGAGAGAAGAGGAGGACACCCGGACCAGAGAGCCAGAGAAGGUCGUAGCUCAGGCGCCAGGACUAGAGGGAGUGGUAGCUCAGCUAAUAAGGAAGGUAGAGGAGCUAUCAGCUGAGCUCAGAGGAGUCACGAGGAGGAGACAGGCCAGCAACAGCGCCCAGCGCAGGGCCCAGCCCAAGCCGCCACCGCGGCCAACACCGGCUCCGAGGAGGGCCAUCACCGAAACGGAGGCGGCCAGAAGAACAGCCCGGAGCGUUGCUCCAGUAGCCGUCCCCUUGAUGGCUGCUACCAACCAGGGCAGGAAGGGCGAGACAUGGGCCGCGGUCCUCGGCAGGAAGGCCAGGCAACAGGCAAGGAGGGAGGUGCAGGCCGCGGCAGGAGCGUCGUCGGCAGCAAAAAAGCCGGCAAACCGGCCUCAGGCAAGGCCAGGGGCAACGGGUAACAAACCGGCCCAACCAGUAGCCAGGAAGCGGGUCAGAGUACCGCGCCCGCCGAGGACGGCAGCGGUAACGCUCACGGUAGCACCUGGGGGACAAACAACAUACUCCCAGGUGCUAAAAAAGGCCAGGGAGUCGGUAGCCCCCAAGGAGCUCGCCGAUAUGGGCAUCGACGAGCUCAAGAUAAGGAAGGCGGCCACAAGAGGGCUGGUGCUGGGAAUUCCCGGCGAAGAGGGGAAAGUCAAGGCUGUUCACCUGGCAGGAAGGCUAAGAGAGGUGUUCGGCGAGUCCGAAGUUAAGGUGGCAAACCCGACAAAGACUUGA